AUGUCUGAAUCACAAGAGGCCCCCAAGGCCAAGAAGCAGCUCAUUAUCAACGCUUUCGUUGAAUCAUGCAGUGGUCAUCAAUCACCUGGUCUUUGGAGACAUCCCGAUGAUAAAUCAUGGGACUUUAAUAAUAUCAGUCAUUGGGUAAAAUUAGCUCAACUUCUUGAGAAGGGAAAGUUUCACGGCAUUUUUAUCGCUGAUGUUCUUGGAUCUUAUGAUGUCUACAAAGGUCCUCGCAACCCAGACCCUGCCAUCAUUUCAGGCGCACAGUGGCCUGUUAAUGAACCCCUUGCGACUGUGCCAGCUAUGGCAGCAGCCACUAAAAAUAUUGGUUUUGGUGUAACCGUCGCUACUACUUAUGAGCAGCCUUAUCAUCUUGCCCGCAGACUCAGCACUGUGGACCAUCUAACUGGUGGAAGACUUGGCUGGAACAUUGUUACAGGAUAUCUUGAUUCUGCUGCUCGAAACCUCGGGCACACGGAGCAGCCGAGCCACGAUGAGAGAUAUGCUAUUGCUGAAGAAUACGUCGACGUAACUUACAAGCUUUGGCAAUCAUCCUGGAGAGACGACGCCGUCAAACUCGACCGUGAAAAAGGCAUCUACACAGACCCCUCCCUAGUCCGUCUAAUCAACCACGAGGGAAAAUACUACACCGUCCCAGGCCCUCACAUCUGCCAACCCUCACCCCAACGCACACCUCUGAUUCUCCAAGCGGGUACUUCCAAAGCCGGAAAGAACUUUGCCGCGAAACAUGCAGAGGCUAUUUUCGUCGCAGGCCACAGCCCCGUCACGGUAGCGAAAAACAUAGCUGAGAUCAGAACUCUGGCGAAAGAGCAGUUUGGUCGUGAUCCUAAGGCUAUUAAGUUCCUGGCUAUGUUUUGUCCAAUCAUUGGAAAGACGCAGGAGGAGGCUGAUGCGAAGUAUAAAGAGUUUGUUAGUUAUGGAUCUGAGGAUGGUGCGCUGGCGUUGUUUGGGGGUUGGACGGGUAUUGAUCUUGCGCAGUAUGGCGAUGAUGAGGAAUUACGGUACGUUGAAUCAAACGCGAUUCGCUCAGCCGUGGAAUCAUGGUCAAAAAGCAUACCAGGAGUAAAAGCUUGGACAAAGCACACUGUCGCGAACCACAUCAAAGUCGGUGGUUUAGGCGCUACAGUUGCAGGAACACCAGAGCGCAUUGCAGAUGAGAUGGAGAGGUGGGUCAACGAAGCUGACGUUGAUGGGUUCAAUCUGGCGUAUGCUCUUAUGCCGGCGAGUUUUGAGGAGGUUAUUUCGGAUUUGUUGCCGGUUUUGAGGGAGAGGGGAUUGUUUUGGGAGGAUUAUGCUGUGGAUGGGGGGACGUAUAGAGAGAAUGUUUAUGGGAAGAAGGGUGUUGCUAGACCGCCUGCUGAUCAUCCUGCUGCGAAGUAUCAUUGGACGAAGGAUGAUUGA